AUGGUCAAAACUAAAAAACAGACAGCUCGCCAACAGUUCGGACACAUUGGUCAUCGGAACGUACUCUCCGUCGAGCUUGACGAGCCACUCGUCGUGGAGCCAGUCGAUGGGGUAGUUCAAGAGACUAUUGUCGCGCUGUCUGAUAACGUAGCAGGUCUCUCCGCUGAAAUCGCUCUCCUCGUCGAUCUCCUCUGCGACGCCGACGAUUCGACCAUCCAGCGGCUGCGGUGGCUUCCUCCCGGACUCGUCACGCAUACGCACUUCGGUCCCCACACGGAGAUUCCCGGGUCCGAGCGAGUCGCCGUCCUUGUGCUUCUUGGCGGCGUUCGACAUACACCAUGGGGCGGGUUUUUAGAAAAACCCCCCAGCAAACGGAUGGAUUCCGUCCCGAGCGCCCGCAACUUGGUUGCGAAGCAUCCAACGGACGCUCGGGCGGGCCUGGCAUCAUUUGGACGCUUCAGAAAGCGUCCAAGGGAUGCUUGGCAGGCGAGACCAUCCAGAGGAUGGUGUACAGCCCGGUGUCCAUCGGACACUUGA